CUACCUAUUGAAACGGGUAUUGACAGUAAGUGAAAGUAUGUCUCCUUGUAAUGGGUGGCGUGGAGCGCGGCGGCGGGGGCGCGGGCGGCGGAGGUGGUGGCGGACGCGCCGUCGCUCGUCAUCCUGCCGCGCAACCCGUCGCAGGUGAAGCCCGAGGGCCGCAACGCGCUGCUCACCUGCCGGCCCGAGGGCACGGGCGCCAACCUCGUCACCGGCCUGCGCUGGCGCGCGCCCAACGGCAACGAGGUGUCGCGGCCGAGCGUGUCCGCCGUGUCGAAGCCGCCCGUGUACGCCGAGCGCUUCAGCUCGGACGGGUCGCUGUCGCUCAUCUUCGUGUCGCUGACGCGCAACGACGAGGGCGUGUACACGUGCGAGGGCCAGUACGCCGGCGGACAGGACCUCAAGCGCACCGUCGAGAUACGCGUCAUCAGGGCGAUCCGGUGGGUGGACGCGCCGCAGGAGCAGGUGGCGCGCCAGGGCAGCCCCUACAAGGUGAAGUGCCAGGUGGAGGCGGACCCGCCGGCCACGGUGGACUGGCAGAAGGACGGCGCGCCGCUCGCCGAGCGCUACCGGCCCGAGACGGACGGGCUGGCCAUCGAGAGCGCCUCGCCCGAGGACGACGGCGUCUACACCUGCCGCGCCAUCGUCGUGGCGACGGGAGAGCUGCAAACGCGCGCCAUCAAGCUGCAGGUGGACGGCAUCACGGGCGCGCUGCACGUGUCGCCGGUGCAGGCGGACGACGAGGGCCUGUACUGGUGCGUGGCGAGCAACCCGAGCGGCGAGGCGCGCCAGCAGGUGCGGCUGGCGGUGCAGGUGCCGCCGCGCGCCAAGGGUGCUGAUCCAAGAAUAGCCACUAGUAGCAAACCUGCUGGAAAAGAGCACCCUGACCGUGCUGAUGGAAUAUUGUCGUGGGAUGAAGUAAUGCGCUCUGAUGAUGGUCUGUAUGCUUGUGUUGCCACAAAUCCGGCCGGUGAAGCUGAGUCUUUUGGACACUUAACAGUGGAAUUCAAACCAUCGUUUGUCAACACUCCUUACGCAGACUAUUGGUCAUGGGAUGGUCAGAUAGCUAACAUAACUUGCCUUGCUGAAUCCAUUCCCAAUGCCACGAUUCGCUGGUUUUACAACAAUCGUGAUCUUGACAAAGAUAAAAUACCAGAGAUUAAAAAGCAUGGAGAAGGACCACAAUCAUGGCUUGAAUGGAGACACCACUCAUGGCCUGCAGAUUCUGACUACACUUUGGAAGAAUUAGUUCCCCAAACUCAGUAUGAAUUUCAGUUCUCUGCACAAAACGAUGUCGGAACAGGACCCUGGGGUGCUACACAAAGCAUAGUAAUGCCCAAGAGGUCUCCUCCUGAACCACCUCCACUUCUGGACAGACCUAUGAUGUCCGAACAUCCUGAAGCACCAGUGGACACACCUGUGAUGUCAGCCUAUCCAACGCACUUCGAACUACGAUGGAACAUUCCUGCAGACAAUGGAGAACCAAUUACAAGUUAUUAUGUUACAUGGUGCACGGCACGCAAGAAUAGCGAUGACCAUUGGGAACAAGAUAAAUCAGGAAACUGCCAGAUGAAGACACUAAUUGCGCACCCACAUACGACAUCGUAUCGCCUUCAACCAUUGCAACCUGGAACCCAGUACAUGGUGCACUUACAUGCAACAAACAGCAUCGGCACAUCCAAACCCAGCGCGGCGGCGGGCGAGUCGUCGUCGUCGCCGGCGGCGGCGCUGUCGUCGGCGGCGCUGGUGGCGGCGGUGGUGAGCGCGCUGCUGGCGGCGCUGUUGCUGCUGGACGUGGGCUGCUUCGCGUGCCGGCGCGCGGGCGUGAUCGCGGCGCUGUGCGAGCGCGCGCGCCACCGCAAGGACGCCCCCGACGCGCCCGACGCCCACGCCGGCCUGCGCAUCGGAGCCAGUCAUGCUAAGGAGCCACUUCGAGAUGAAAUGAGGCCUUUAACUCCAAAUUACGCUCCGAGUGUGAAGAGAGAUACGUCUGUGGGUUUUGAUGGUAAAACUACUGCAGUCACUCGCAGUACUUUUGUUGGAAAAGAUUCAGCAGUGUAGAUGCCUGUCAUCACCUCAUCGGCUACCCAAGAGAUUGACUCAUUUUGAAAAGUGGUGUGACAAUUCUAUUUCACCAUGCAUUCAUCUUAUACCUCAUAUAGACAUUGGCUGAUGUUCUUCCAGUACUGCAUCUGCAAGAAAAGCCAAAGAUGCUUCAGUUGUGAGACACAAUUUGUCCUAUAAGGGCAAAAGGACUUUAUGCAGAUGUGAUUUUGCUAUAAAAAUAAGAUUAAUUGUUUUUAAUCUUUGCUCAGUACAUGAGUGAUUUGUGUUUAAACAUUUCUAUAAUUGUGUCCCUAGUCGAGUAUUAUACCAUAUGCUUAUGUCAAAUGUAAUAUUUCUAUAAUCACAAAAUCACAUUUGCAAGAGUACAUAUAGUGUUAAACAUUUCUUUACCACUACAAGUCACAUUUUUCAUCAUCCAUGACAUUGGAUUUGACACAGAGAGUUGUGUGAAAAAUCUGGAUGAGACUGUUAAUUCUUCUCAUGAAUAUUUGACCCCUCCUCUCUGACUGGGAUCUGUUUGUUUCCAUUAAAGAGAGGAGUGGAGUUGUGAAAAUUAUUUAAUUUCAUAGUAUGUACAAUUUUACUUGUAGGUCUUUUAGAAGUAAGAAAAAGCUAUUUUUGGAAAGGUGACUUUUAAGGUCAAUGUCACUUUGCCUUAUUUAAAUUAGAUAACAAGACACUUAUUAUGCCUUGCAUGUAGUUUCAUAAGACAGGCAGUAGUUGUUUGUGAUUCAUAAGAUGAAUGAUAGUAAUUAGCUCCAUUGAAAUAUGUUUUAUUUUAUUAUAAUUAAUUAUUAUUUUAAUUAAAUCUCAAAUGUUUAUGAAUAUUUCAGCCCAUCCAAUAAUAAUCCAAUUUUCAAUAAUAAUUUCAGAAUAUGUAGUUGAAAUGUGAAGAAAACUAAAAUUGUUGUAAAAUUGUUCCACAUUCCUUGUCAUUUUAAAAAUUUAUUUUAUGAAUGUCUUAUAACUGUUGACAAUAAUUGAAUCAUCUCCCCACAGUAAGAAGCCCACAGCAAUGAGCAUGAAGAUGCAAUAAAAAGCCUAUAAAAAUAGGAAAUUUAUUUUCCCGAUUAUUACAGUUUCUUGCUCUUACUGCCUUUUAAUUAAAAUAAGAGUGAAUAAUGAAUUGCGGGCGAACUCACUACUGCCUGUAUACUAUGUUUGAAUGUGCUUGCUUUUGUGAGGUUGACGUGAGCCAUUGCUUUUUGUGUCUCUACAUCAGUGAAAAUAACUUUAGGUACUCAUGAUCUUAACCCUUUCCUCCAAACAUAGAUUACUGUUUAAAGCAAGACAACAGGACCACAUUUUUGCAGAGGAGUUGUAAAUGGAUGUUCAAAAGAAUAUCACAUUGUUAUUGGAUAAAUAAAAUUGAAGAGUGUUCCAAUUAUGAUAAUUGCUUUAAAAAUUUGUUACUGGAGUUAAUUGCAAAAAGUUCAUUUGGUAUAUUAUUUGUUAUCCUUACCUUCUUGUUUAACGUAAUAUUUAGACAUUGAAAUCAGUAUAUUAUUGAAUUAUAGAUGUUUGAAAGACAAUAUUGAUAUCAUUUUUAAUUUUAAUAGUGAUUAUAUUGAAAUGAUUCAACUAACAGUUUCACUUCUCUUGAUAAAAUAUAUAUUAACUUAACAAUAUGAACAUCAGGUACCUGUUGCUUGCCAUUAUUGACAAAAUGAGUUAAGGAGACUGAGCAAAUUUAUUUUUCAAAAGUGGUCACAAUCUGAAAUGUAACGAAGAAAAUAGUAAUCAAUUUAUGAAUAUACAAUGGGAAGUCUGCCUUCAUGCUAUUACCUGGUUGGUAGCUAUCCAGACAUACACCUGGCUUUGAUUUCUUUAGAAGAAUCAUGUCUAAUUCAACUUCAUUAUCAAUUCUUGUAUUUGUAUUUACUUUUUUAAGAUGACCAUCUUUUUGAUGGAGAUGUAGGUGACUUUGUACCUAUUCACUUAAAGAAACAGUAUAAAAAAUUGCAGAGAAGCUUCAGAGUUAUGUAUUUAGUCUUCCCUUUAAAGUAAACAUUAAUAUGUCUUGAUUACUUAAAUUCAUUUUUUACCUUCUUUAUUCAUUUUUCUAAAAAUCUGGCAAAUACCUGAAGUGCCUCUUAAUGUCAUUUUCAUGCAGAUGGAGUUUAGAAAUUGAAAAUUAUAGAUAUUACUCCAAUUCAAGAUUACAUUUUGUUUUAAAUUUUUAAUGCUCAAUGAUAUGUGAUAUGUCAUUAAAAUUGCUACACCUCCUUACAUCCAUUGUAACUUAAAAUUCAUUGAUGAGAUAAAGAAAUCAGAGUCAGGUGGAAUCUUCAUUUUAUUGAGUAUCUGUUUGCAUUAAACUUAUGAAAAUGCAACAGCAGAGCCCUAGUCAAAUUCAUAUUUAGAAUUCGAAGGGAGAGUUUACAAGGUUGUGUGUUUUAUAUAGAGAAUGUUGAUGUUUGAGCAUUGGAAAAAAAUUCUCUGAAAAGAUAUAGGAGAUAACAUAUAUUUUUCUGAAGGCAAAUGCAUUUCAUACAGAAUCUUUCAUUACAAUCUUUAGAUUUAUGUUUAUCUCAUAUGAAAUAUGCAAAGGGAUUUUGAGUUAUUAAAUUGGAAGAAAAAAUUGUAGAAUCAAUCUGUUCACGUAAAAGCAUCACUGAAGUGUUUAGGUUAAGGAAUUAAAAAUGUGGCAAUUUUUGGUAUUGCACAGUAUUUAAGUUCUACUUUUUAUGUUGUGUUUUUUAGUACUACAUCUGUGUAAUUGUCUUAUAUGAAAAUGUGUCAAAAUGCAUUUCAGUGAUUAGUUCUGUAGUGCUUGUCAAUUUUUUUAUUGAUUUACAAAUUUGUAUUGUAAUCUUAUACCCAGCUGAGCAGUGUGUGUGUGUUUUUUAUGUAAAUCAAUGAUAAUUUGAGUGAGAAACAGCAUUCUAUAAAGAUUGAGAUUAUAUCUAAUGAUUGCUUGAUUCUUUUAUUUGCAAAGAAAUAUGUUAAUACACUUAAUAUUAUAAUGCAUACAUGAAACCGAGUGAGUGUUAUUAAGAGUGUAUGUUUAAUGAUAAUAAUCUUUAGGUUGGGCUCUGCUAGAGUUUGUCCAUUAUGAGAAGAGAAUUCACCCACUCUAGAAUGUGUUCUUAUAGCCCUGAGGUACCAUAUUUACUAAAGUAUAAGACAGAUUUCUGUACUAGGAAUACUUUUAGGGUCUAAAAUUGAAGGUAAGCAUUUUCUUUCUGCAUUCCUGUCUAAAAAGUAGUUGUUAUUGAGAAAUUGAAAUAAUUGAUAAUAAUUUAAGAUCCUUGAAAAAUCCCAUCAAGUCAUUAAUUUAUUUAUGUAAAGCUUUGUAGAGGCUGAUUACAAGAAUUACAUAGUCUAGUUUUAAUUUGGGAGCCUUUAGUAUUUUGUGUGUCUUCAACUUGAUGGUUUUUUUCACUUGUUGGAAAGGUGAUAUAUUUUUAAAAACAUGCUAGAUUGAGUGAGAUUAUCAGUAAGAUCAUGGAAUGCAGUUCUGCAUAAAAUUUUGCAUAUUGUUUUUGUAAUAUUACCAGUCAUGGAUGCUAAAGGAAAAACUAUUUUUGUUCACGGGUUCAGAAUGGAAAUAAAUUUGCAUCUUAUUUUUGACAUUCAAGAAAAUAAGAGAAGAUCUUAAAUAUGAGUAAAUAUGGAAAUUAUAACCAAGGAAAUUUAAAUUUGGGGGAAAAAAUAAUUAAAAAUUGCAAUAUUUCAGUUAAUUACUUUGAACUAAUCAACUUUGCGUUUUUAGAAAGUUGAAAGUAUUUUGAAGAAAAAUGCUUUUAAUGAGAGAGGCAUGUGUACAACUGAUCUGCUCCAAUAGUGAAUCCGUAUGGAUGAAAUUCCCCAAUAAAAGUUUCAGGUAUAGAUAGGAAAAAUAGGUGUGUGUGUGAAUUUUUCUGUAUGAUGUUGACCUACAUGAAAUCCUUCUGUCUGCUCCAUUCUCACCACCAGUGAAGUCAGCAGUCUCUUUCUGUGAGAUAAUAUUGUGAUAACCGUAGCAUUCUCAGGGUCUGUGCUUGUUUCAUGAUCUAUGUGCAUUUGAAUUUUUUAUGUGUGAAUACUUUUGUGAAUGAAAUUUAUUGUUACAUAUUGUUAAAUCAAUCGAAUUAGUGAGUUUUCCUUGGUCUUCGGUAGAAAUGAAUGGAAUAUUUAGUAAUGAAUGAUAUAUAUUUUAGUCUUUUUUAAGUAUUAGAACUAGUGUUUAUUAUGUGUGGUACCUGUGUGGUUAAUAUUCUUUUUCAACAAACAUAUAUUCAGUUAAAAAUAGACACAAAAUAAUAUGAUAAUCCAAUCUUUAUCAUUAUGAAAUGUACCCAAGGUUUACUUUAAUACCUUAUAGACAGUAAGAUUUAAAAUAAAGAAAAAAUAUAAUUUCAAAUUUGUAUUGGUACAUUAAAUGAUUAUUGAAAUUAGCAAAAUGUUUGGUGUGGGACUUCAUUUAUUGAUGUAUAAGACAAAUUUAUAUUAUGUAAGAGUUAAAAGUAUAAUGCAGUGUUGAUAUUUUCAAAUGCACAUUGAUCACAAACUCGAAGUGUUCUCCCAUGUACAGUCCCUGUUCCGGAAGCUUCAUGCUUCCUCUUAGCAGUUGUGUAAUGUCUGAGCAGUGAAGUUACUUGCUGUAAAGUAUAGAAACUUGUAUUUACCUCUUCAGUCAUUACUGCAAUUCAUCCAAUAUUGUUUUUUCAAAAUUUGGUUAAAGAAAUGAAUGCAUUUGAAAUAUAUCUUUCCUUUACGCAAAUGUUCUGCCAAAUAACAGGCAAAUGUAUUGUACAUUUGAUUGACAAACAAGUAAAAUUUUUGUGCCAAUAAUAGCACAGUGUAUCAUAAAAGUUAUUUCAUGAGUACAUUGAUAAUUAAACUCUUGUGAAUUCAAUUUGAUACUUGUCUUUAUUCUCUCGAUUUGUCUAUGUAGCUCAAGAAUACAGAUUUUAUGAAAAUAUUUCAAGCAAUGUUAAUAGAUGUCUGUUUUCCAGAUGUGAUACAGUGCAAAAGGCAUCAUUUGCCAGACUCAUUUCAGUUUCUGUUUACUUCCAAUAUUGGUAAUUAGUAAUGAAAUAUACAAAUGUUGUUCCACAUGCUUUUGCUAUAUUUAUAGAGAUAGUGUAAGGUUUGACAUGUAUGUAAACCUACAAAAUUGUUGAAUGUUGCUUAUCUCUUGGUGUGAUACCAGGAACUAAACAGUAUUAGAGUGUAGUAAGCCUCUGAAUAGAAACUAAAAAUAUAUUCUGCAAGUUACUUUCCUUCUAUUCACUCAAUAGCUCAACAGUGCACUUGUCAGAAUUUGUCAUGCAGUCAAAUCUGAACUUCAUUAUUAAAUAUGUAGCAUUUUUGACAUUCUGUCUUCCUGAUGAGCUUCCAUCUUCAGUACUAUUAUCUUGCAGGUCUUUUUCCAUGUAGGAAGUAAGGUGUGCUGUUAAAACAUUUUCUAUUCCCAGAAAAUGGGUGUCUGAAAUGUAAUCACAAAUUAGAAUUACCUGCUAUUUUGUAAUAAUAUUUCUCAGUACCAUUUGUUGUAAUUGUGAGGUUAUUAUGUCAAGACAAAAUGAGUACUAUUUAUUUCAUUACAGGGAAUGAAAACAACUUAAUUGCAAAUGUAUUUCUUGUGAAGAAAACGCUUGAACUUUGUUUUCUGUAAGUGUGAAUUUCCAUUUGAUACAGUUUAUAUUAUUGCAUACUAAUAUCCCAGCUUUUAAUCUUUAAUGCGAUUAUCAUAUUUUUUAAUUACCUACCAAGAACAUUUUUAAACAAAUGCAGUGUCUUUUGGAAUACAAUAGUAUUUUCUUUAAAGCCUGUUUUCUUCCUUGAAAGUUACAUUUUUGAUAAAGAAUGAAAUAAUAUUUCAGUUUAAAAAAUAAUAUAAAAAUUAUACCAUUCAUUAUUGUAUAGAUCCAUUAUUUUAUUUCUUCAUUUUCAAGCUUUUUGAUUCAGUGUUCAACUUUUGAUAAAUGGUAUGAACUCUUUCAAUUGUUGCUCUCUUCUUUCUUCUUCUUCUUCUUAUUGAUAGUAUUGGAAUCUUUCUUUAAAGAUAUAAAACAAUAUUAAGGAAAAAAACAGAAUGAAGUCUAGCAAAAGUUAGUAUUUUAUUAAUUUAAUGAAAAUGCAGUUAAUUUAAUGAAAUGUGUUGAACAUUUAAAAUGUAAAGCUGAUGCUCAAAAAGGGCAAAUCUUCACGUGUUAAUUUGAAUCCCAUUUUGAAAGAUACUGCUUUGAGACAUUGUCUUGCCAUUCCUCACUGUUUCAAACCAAGACAUUGUUCUGACCUCUCUGGUUUAUAUGUGUUUGUGAAAGUCUUGUUUUGUUUUUUUUAACGGUGAGAAGAAAGGUUCUGUAUCCUCUUGAUUGUAAAGAGACAAUGAUGACCUUUUGAGAAAGAGGAUUGGAACCAUGUGAAAGCUUGUGCUCGUGUAAUGUGUGUUUAAAAUAAACAAAAA